AUGGGCUCUAAAACACAUCCAAAAGUUCCCGUCAUUGAUUUUUCCGGCCAAAAGUUGAAGCCCGGAACUACUUCUUGGUCCUUGACAGGCGAUGACGUUCGGCGUGCUCUAGAAGAGUACGGAUGCUUCAUAGCAGUGUACGAUAAAGUUUCAAAAGUGCUUGAAAACGCAAUUUGCGAAGCAGAGAAAGAAGUCUUUCAACUCCCGAAAGAAACCAAAGUGAAAAACAUUGCCGAGAGGACUUACCAUGGCUACGUCGGAGAUAUCUCCGUCAUCCCUUUGCAUGAAAGCACAGGCAUCGAUAACGCAACCACCGUUGAAGGAACAAAAAGAUUUACAAAUCUCAUGUGGCCCAACGGCAACGACAGUUUCAGUGAAACCAUACUUUCAUACUCGAAGCUAGUGAAGGAAUUAGAUGAAAUGGUGCAAAGAAUGGUUUUUGAAAGUUAUGGUUUGGAGAAAUACUGUGAGGCUCACAAAGAGUCUUUAUAUUACCUUCUUCGGCUGAUGAAAUAUAGAGUACCCGAGACGAAUGAGAGUAAUAUAGGGUUUCGUGCUCAUACGGACAAGAGCUUCACUGCAAUCAUCCAUCAAAUAUAUAUUGAUGGAUUGGAGAUAGCAACCAAGGACGACGACUGGAUUCCUUGCGACCUAUUGCCUUAUUCCUUUGUCUUCUUUGCUGGUGAUGCACUCAUGGGAUGGAGCAAUGGCAGAAUCCGUUCAGCUAAACAUCGAGUGAUUCUGAACACAAAAGAAGAGAGGUACUCAGUGGGGCUCUUUUCGUUCAGUACUGGAAUGAUACAAGUUCCUGAGGAGCUGGUGGAUGACCAACAUCCACAACGGUUUCAGCCAUUUGAUCAUCAAAAGUUCCUUCGUUUCUUCGAGACAGAGGAAGGCCGGAAACCUGAGUCUCCUCUCCAAGCAUACUGUGGUGCUUGA